AUGAAGUAUAUUAUACCUAUGGGCUGCCAACAGAGGCAAUUAGCCUCUUUGUUGAUGACUAGGAUAGAGAAAUCUAUAGUUAUAGAUCCUCAUCCUGGAUUAAUUGUCUGUUCACAUACCUAUCGUGAACCUUUCCCUUCUUUUUCUUCCAUUGACUUUCUCAUAACUUGUGUUAUGGACCUUCUUUUAGAGUAUGCUUAUCCACGCUUGGGAAAAGAUUCAUACGCUAAAUUCAUAAUCAUUGUGAGUAUGAAGGUCUCAGAUAAAGAUGAUAUUGGAUUUUCUCUUGGAAGUGCAAUCGUUUUGACUCUGGAAGAUGGGAGUCUCAUUCCUAAGGGCAAUGUAUAUUCAAGCAUUCAGAGUUUGGUACUCUCCCAUGCUGAUAAGUAUGAAAACUUCAGAGUGACUGCUGUCACCCUCAAAAUCUUUAUUGAGGGGAAAGUCUAA